GGGCACUCUGUGGUGUUUUGUCUGCAUUUGUCAAUAAUGUCCAGGUUAAUCCACUAAACUGCAUCAUGCCUAGUAUUCUGUCUGGAGAGCUCUGGUCUUGACCUGCUUUCUGACUGGCUCUUAUCCAUGUAGACACUCAGACCUAGUGACACAAGCCACCUGUAGCUUUUACAGGGAGGGGCUGAGGGUUGUGUACAAUAACACCAACUGUGAUGUAAACAGCAAGCUACUUAAAAACAUGUUAAAUGUUAAGGUGGCAUUGGAUGACAGAGGACUGAUUCCAGUUAAUACUUCCCAGUAAGGUUUGCCAGGGUGACCUAAACAAAGUGUUAUGCAAAAAUAAAUCUACAUUCAUAGAUUGCCAGUGUUACAAUCCACCAAUAAGGAAUGCAAGGAUCAGUUCAUUAUGGUUACUUUAAGCAUAUGGGAAAGCUCUCAGAAGAACUGCAUUGUUAAGUUUAGCCACCAGAGUGCGUGAUCACCUGAGGAUAAUUUGUCUCUAGGCUGGUAAGAGGGUGUUACAAGCAUACCGUUUCCUUAUCUGCACCCUAUUUGAAUGCACCCUCCGUGUGCAGUGUUUUGACAUGAGAGUAAGAGGUUGACACUGCUUGGCUUGUUUUAUUCACAUGUGCCAAACAAAACACAGUUGUGCAUUGUAAAACCUGUAAAUGCAUUCAACUGACACAGCAGCGUCUAAGCAGAUGUGCCAUUGGCCGCUCAAACUGAAGCGGCAGAGUACUUCAACAGGAAACUUAACAGUGUGUGGUUAGCCAAGCAUUGCUGUGCACUUUGCUGCAUACAGGAAGCUUAUAUCAGUCUUUGGCCUACAGUCGGAAAACUGAUACUUUGACCGUGAGCUCUGUCAAGUUAAAACGGCAGGAGUUUCUUCUUGAAAUGGCCCAAGGAAAGGAUCAUUCCUUUCUAAAAUUGGACGACUUGGCCAGUCGACUAUUCCACAGAUAUCGCAAAGGCAACCAAGAGCAGAAAGGACAGGAGAGUGAGGGACCUCAUAUCUCUGAAUUCACCAUCAUUUGGGAUAAGCUGAUGAAAGAGUUCUUAGCCAAAGCCAAAGAAGAUUUUUUAAGAAAAUGGGAGUGUCCACCACAGAGCACAACUGGCCUGGACGACUUUGAUAGGUUCAAGACCCUGGGCACUGGCUCAUUUGGCCGAGUUAUGCUCGUCAAACAUAAAGGAACUAACCAGUUCUACGCCAUGAAGAUCUUGGACAAACAAAAAGUGGUGAAGCUGAAGCAGAUAGAACACACACUAAAUGAAAAGAGAAUACUACAGGCCGUCUCCUUCCCCUUCCUCGUCAGAUUGGAGUACUCUUUCAAGGACAACUCAAAUCUCUACAUGGUGAUGGAAUAUGUUCCCGGUGGGGAGAUGUUCUCGCACCUCAGACGCAUUGGGAGGUUCAGUGAACACCAUGCACGAUUUUAUGCAGCUCAGAUAGUACUCACUUUUGAGUACCUCCACUCACUAGACCUCAUCUACAGAGACCUGAAGCCUGAAAACCUGCUCAUAGAUCAACACGGGUACAUCCAGGUCACAGACUUUGGCUUUGCCAAAAGAGUAAAAGGCAGGACUUGGACAUUGUGUGGAACUCCUGAGUACUUGGCUCCAGAGAUCAUCCUCAGUAAGGGCUACAACAAAGCUGUGGACUGGUGGGCGCUUGGAGUCCUUAUCUAUGAGAUGGCUGCUGGUUACCCUCCAUUUUUUGCUGAUCAGCCCAUCCAGAUCUACGAAAAGAUUGUGUCUGGCAAGGUACGAUUCCCCUCUCACUUUAGCUCCGACCUGAAGGAUCUGCUGAGGAACCUGCUCCAGGUAGAUCUGACAAAGAGGUUUGGCAACCUGAAGAAUGGUGUGAAUGACAUCAAAAAUCACAAGUGGUUCUCCACAACAGACUGGAUUGCAAUCUAUGAGAGGAAGGUUGAAGCCCCCUUCAUGCCAAAGUGCAGAGGACCAGGAGACACAAGCAACUUUGACGAUUACGAAGAGGAGGACAUUCGCGUCUCACAAACAGAAAAGUGUGCAAAAGAGUUUGCUGAUUUCUAGUGAGUGGUCAAGGGUCCCGUCAGGGCUCACAUGCUUUGGGAAAUUUUUUGCACUCUUUUGAGGGUGAAGGUGGAGCUGAGACCGUCACGUGUUCAAAACAAUUGCCUAGUUCCUUCAUUCCACAAGGCUGAAUGAGGUCCUUCUUGCCAUGAUCCUCACGUGCAGUUAGCACUAACUUAUACACAGGCACAUUAUGCAGACACCCCUCGUGCUGCAAAACGAAAAUACUAGACCACGUUCUCUUCUAUUUUUCCUGUUAUGCUUUUCUUUUUCUUUUUUCUUUUGUUUGUUUUCUAUGUUUGCCACUUUAUAGAAUUUCCUUCCUCCUCUUAUUUCGAUUGAAGUGAUUAUUUGCAAAGCAAGAUGAAAAAUAAUUAUAUGCCCAUUUUACAGUGGCACAAAGAGUGAUUGAUUGUAUUAGCCGGUAUUGCACAUUUUGUGAUUUAAGUUUUGGGGAAAUAGAAGGGAUUUUUGAUUCCAGUUCCUGCCAGUGAGUUUUGCCAGUUACCGUCUGUUACAUACUUGAGUGUGUUUUAGGAUCCAAUUCAACGUUUUAUUCAUCCAACAUUUCACAUUUUAACAUUAACAAUUAGUCAACAUUUUGCUGUCCUUAAGAAGUAGAACUUUGUCCUCGUGCAUAUAGAAAUAUACAUAUAUCAGACAUAAGAUUUGAAAACACUCUGUUUUUUUUUUGUUUGUUUGUUUGUUUGUUUUUUGUGUUUUUUUUUUAAAGCAUGACCAAAACUUAAAUGAAGAAAUGGCAGUCAGUGAAGAAAAGGGUUCAAAAACACUGGAUGACCUCUUGAAUUUUCAGUGUUUGAGCAGUCGGGCAUUCAGUUCUUCAACAGUGGGGUUACAGUAGCAGAGAGUGUUGAGCCUAAUAAUGAAGCAAAAUAUGUCAGUGCUGUAUUAGUUAAUCAAUUGUAGCAUUGUUUUCCAUAUAUGGUCACGGUACAUUUCCUUUUACCUCAGCAUAUGUGUGAUAUUCUAAUGAAUAGAAUGAGAUGAUAUAUUUUUCAGGUACAAUUCUGUUUCACCAGAAAGGAAACUGAUGGGCUUUAAUCAUGUCGCUCUAUAGCUCAGUAGGUCAUGUGUCUUUGACAUGUCCAAAAAAUGAUGAAGUGUAUUGACAUGGCUUUUUUGUUAUUAUAUUGUUAAAAGAUGAAAGGUCAGUUCUAUUUUUCCAGAGGGUACAUAGUUGUGGCUGUGAAGCAGUGUUGGUCACAUGGACUGAUUGCGUCCAUUUGGGGUUGUUUCUCCGUUUUUUUUGUUUUGUUUUGUUUUUUUUUAUGCUAAAAGGUGUCUAGCAAAGCACUCUGAAGACAUUUUGUAACUGCCAUAUUUGUUUUAUUUCCAUUUUUACUCCUGCAUGUUUGUCUGUUUGUUACAUUUCAAGAGUGUCAUAACAAGCUAAUCGUGCCCUGAAAAAGUAUUCAGCUCCCAUCCUUUUUUUUUUAUUUAAUUUUUUAUUUUUCUUUAUACAUGAUAUAGUCUCACAGCUUUGGACUUUGGUGAAGUAGAUUGGCAGUGUUUAUCUGUGAGUGACAUACUCCUCUCCAUACUUCCCAUUAGAGAGAAACUAAAUAAAUAAAAGACAAGAUACCAACAUCAUCACCUUCAAGUAUUCAUUCCUCCAGGUCACUACUUAGUUCAACCACCGAUAACACCCACAGCAAUUAUAUCCCAUAGUCUUUUUACAUACUUCUGUACCCACUUUGCACACUGUGAUGGAGCAAUAUUUGCUCACUCUUCCUUGCAAAAUUGCUCAGGCUGAGUCAGGUCAGUUGGGGGAUGAUAAAGGACGGAUAUUCUGUGGUGUUGCCACAGGUUUUCAAAGGGGAAUAAGGUCAGGAUGCUGACUGGGCUCUUGAAGAAAAUUCAUUUUCUUCAUUGUAAACCACUCUGUCGAGUUAUUGUCCUGUUGAAUUACAAAUUUGUUCCCCGGUUUUAUUCUGUUUGCCGUGUUUUGGAGGAAUAGAGGUUUUUAUAGGAUUUUUCUGCACUGGGCACCUUUCAUUGUCCCGUGAAGUCGGUCACAUUGCCGUGACCGACUUGCCACUGAAAUGCAGUUGCUGCCUCUGCAAAUCCUUCACCAGUGUGGCAGGUCGACACGGUGAUUAAAGAGGUCGCCGUAUAACCAGUAUGUCACAGGAUCGAUCCCCCCCAACUGCCAAGGUGUCCAUUCUUGUCGAAGCCCUUAUUGCUCCUGCUUUUGUGAUUCUUUGAUUCCUGAGGGAGAAAUUUGUCUUCUGUGUUCCUCCCACUGGGAGGUCAGAGGCUGGUUCAAGGACAUUUCUGCAGGUCGGACACUCAGGGUUGUGGGGACUUUUUUUAUUUCUUGUUUUUUUUUUUUAACCCAUGGAGUUCAUGUUAGACCUCGGAAAACAGUGAUACAUAGGUGUUUUUUUUGUGUGGUCAUUGUGUGACAUGGUGCUCAAGGCUGUGUAGAUCACUCAAAAUAUAAAUGCAAUUUAAUCUAGUUAAAAUACAAAUUCAGAAUCUAAGACAACCAAAUGUGAAAAAAAAAUGUUUGGGGACUGAAUGCUUUUUAUGGUACUGUAUGUGGAUAUUGGCAAUGCCUGAAUUUGACCUUGUAAUGUCACAUGUUUAGUUUUGUUUUCUUAAAAGAUUGAGCACAUGAUGUGACGUUUCAUUUGGCUUUUGUUUCAUUUUAAAAGGCACAAUUGUUUCUUAUGCUAUUUUUUUAUUUAUAUCUAGAGAUGUCUGAUAAUUUUACCUUUUAAAUGUCUAAACUUGCAUAGUUCUCGGUAUGUAUGAAGAUUCCAAAUGUUUUAUCACAAAAGUGUUAUAAACAGUGAAAUAUUGGUAUAUUUAUUUGUACUUUUUUUUUCAUUUACCCUUCUAGAAAUAAACAUUCAUAUUUACCA